GGUUUGUGGCUGCAGACGCCGGGGUCCGGAGGCAUGGCGUGGGCGGGGCCGGGGGAGGUGUGCACCGAGCAGGCUAGGGCGACCCUUGCCCCGGCCCCAUGAGCCAGGACCCGACAGAGAUGUUAUAAUGGAUCAUCAUGUUUCCACCAUCAAACCCCGAAGAAUCCAAAAUCAGAAUGUCAUUCACCGCUUAGAACGCCGGCGCAUCAGCUCAGGCAGGGCGGGAGCCCACUGGCAUCAGGUCCGGGUGUUCCACCAGAAUGUCUUCCCUAACUUCACCGUCGUCAAUGUUGAGAAGCCUCCUUGUUUCUUGCGUAAAUUCUCACCUGAUGGGCGCUACUUUAUUGCUUUUUCUUCUGACCAGACAUCUCUUGAGAUUUAUGAGUACCAGGGCUGCCAGGCAGCCGAGGACCUCUUGCAAGGCUAUGAAGGGGAGAUCUUGUCCAAUGGCAAUGACCAGCGGUCAGUCAGCAUCCGAGGCCGGCUUUUUGAACGUUUCUUCGUCCUGUUGCACAUUACCAAUGUCGCAGCCAACGGUGAGCACUUGAACCGGGAGUGCAGCCUCUUCACUGAUGACUGCCGGUGUGUCAUCGUGGGUUCCGCUGCCUAUCUCCCAGAUGAACCGCACCCCCCUUUCUAUGAGGUCUAUCGGAACAGUGAGUCCGUGACCCCCAAUCCACGGUCCCCUCUGGAGGACUAUUCCCUCCACAUCAUUGACCUUCACACGGGCCGUUUGUGUGACACACGCACCUUCAAGUGUGACAAAGUGGUCUUGUCACACAACCAGGGGCUGUACUUGUACAAAAACAUCCUGGCCAUCCUGUCUGUGCAGCAGCAGACCAUUCACGUCUUCCAGGUGACGCCUGAAGGCACAUUUAUCGAUGUUCGGACCAUCGGCCGCUUCUGCUAUGAGGAUGACCUGCUCACCGUGUCAGCCGUUUUCCCGGAGGUGCAGCGGGACAGUCAGACAGGCAUGGCCAGUCCCUUUAGGGACCCUUUCAUCAAUUCCCUGAAGCACCGCCUGCUGGUGUACCUGUGGCGCAGAGCAGAGCAGGAUGGGAGCCCCAUGGCCAAGAGGCGUUUCUUUCAGUACUUUGACCAGCUGCGGCAGCUGCGCAUGUGGAAGAUGCAGCUGCUGGAUGAAAACCAUCUGUUCAUCAAAUACACCAGUGAGGACGUAGUGACCCUGCGGGUCACAGACCCGUCUCAGGCCUCCUUCUUCGUGGUGUACAACAUGGUGACAACAGAGGUGAUCGCAGUGUUUGAGAAUACAUCUGAUGAGCUGCUGGAGCUCUUUGAGAACUUCUGUGACCUCUUCCGCAAUGCCACCCUGCACAGUGAGGUCCAGUUUCCUUGUUCCGCCUCUAGCAACAAUUUUGCACGACAGAUCCAGCGCCGGUUCAAAGACACGAUUAUAAAUGCCAAGUAUGGAGGCCACACGGAGGCUGUGCGUCGGCUGCUAGGACAGCUCCCCAUCAGUGCCCAGUCUUACAGUGGCAGCCCCUACCUGGAUUUGUCUCUCUUCAGCUACGAUGACAAGUGGGUGUCAGUCAUGGAGCGACCCAAGACUUGUGGAGAUCACCCGAUCAGGUUCUAUGCCCGAGACUCUGGCUUGCUGAAGUUUGAGAUCCAGGCAGGCUUGCUGGGCCGCCCCAUCAACCACACAGUGCGGCGCCUCGUGGCCUUCACCUUUCACCCUUUUGAGCCGUUCGCUAUUUCUGUGCAGAGGACUAACGCAGAGUACGUUGUCAACUUCCACAUGCGACACUGCUGUACCUCGCUGCCCCACCACAGCCGCGCUGCCCAGGACUUCGCCCCUGCUUGACGCCCUGGACUCCAGAGCAAAAGCUGCUGGCUGCCAACCUUGGGGAUUCCAGACUGGAAGCCCUCCCUCACCUAAGACAGAGCCCGAGAGGCACGGAGGACGGGGUGCAACCUAGUGGGCCUUGGUUUUCCCGUUACCCGGCUGAUCAUUUCAAAACUUUUCUCGCUUUUUCCUGUGGGAACACCUAGCAUUACAUCCAUUCUAUUUUGUUUCCUUAGCAUUUUAUGGCUGUGAAGAUAGAAGCAUUACACCUUCCCCCUGGGUGCCACUCUUUGGCAUUCCGGUCUAAAACCUGCAGCAGGUAAAUCAUGUUCACUCCUGAGAAUUAUGUCCUCCUUUCCACUUCUCCGGCAAGCAGGGCUCUUUAUUUUUAUUUUUAUUUUUUUUGGUUUUUCGAGACAGGGUUUCUCUGUGGUUUUGAAGCCUGUCCUGGAACUAGCUCUUGUAGACCAGGCUGGUCUCGAACUCACAGAGAUGCGCCUGCCUCUGCCUCCCAAGUGCUGGGAUUAAAGGCAUGCGCCACCACCGCCCGGCAAGCAGGGCUCUUUAUAAGAGAAAAUAAA